AUCACACACACACCCCCCAAUUGUUUCAACUUUUUGUCUUACUGUCUUAGCUAGUGUACGGUCGCCGACGAUGUCGCUUCUUCUAGUGGCGCAGGCAGCCGCCCUGGUUGCCGCCGCCGGCAUUGCAUUUGCCCCCGUGGGGUUCUUGGGCGCCUCGGCGGCGACGACGGUCGUGAAGCUGGCGCACCUUCUCUGCUUCGCCACGUCGUGGGGCACCACCGUCUGGGGCGUCUUCAUCGGCGGCAUCAUCAUGUUCUUGAACCUCCCGAGGCACAUGAUGGGCAACCUGCGCAGGAAGGUGUUCCCGGCGUGCUUCAGGCUGACGGCGGCGUGCACGGCGGCCUCCGCGGCGGCGUUCGCGUGGCUCCACCUCCCGUGGCGGGCAGCUUCGCCCGCCGAGCGCCGGCAGCUCGUGCUCCUCGCCGCGGCCGCCGGGCUCGACCUCGCCAACCUGCUCGUCUUCACCCCCAUCACCAUCGAGGUGAUGUGGCAGAGGCACAAAUUGGAGAGGCGUCUCGGCAUCGGGCGCGUCGGCUCCUUCGAUGGCAUGCGCCGCCCUCGCCGCGCUCAACGGGAGCCUUUGGUGCUUGCACUGCCAUCAGGAGAUAAACAACCUGUGAAGUGA